UUUGCUUCGACAUGAAGUGCCACCUAGAUCUACUUCCCAGUCGGACUAUCACGUGAUCAAAUAUGCAGUGCAUAUAUGUGGCUUAUGUGCUUUUGUUGUUGUUAUUCACAAGUCUGAAGGGAGAUGCAGGCUCCAACAUCACCACAGACACUAUCGAGUGCAAGGACCGCUCUUAUCUAGACAACUGUCUGAAGAAGCUGCCUCCGAUUCUGGAAAAGUCUGAGAUGAAGGGAAUCCCCAGCUCCAAGAAAGAUCUUGAUACUUCCUGCAGCGCUUUCAAGAUCGGGAUGGGGUGUAUGGACAACUUCGCCAGAAGGUGUUUGUCAAGCCAAGACAGACAGACUCUAGAGGCUCACGUUGUUGGAGCAAAACACACUUUCAAAUUCCUCUGCGAUGACCCUGUCUUCCAAGCAGAGUAUCUGCAGUACACGUCGUGCUACAAGGGCAUCAGCAAGGACUGGGACAACUGCGCCAACAGAUUCGUCAGUCUUGUCAGAGAGGAGGUGGCGAGGAAGAACACUACGAUGGAGGCGCGCCUGGUUGAGUUGUGUUGUGCUAGACACGGGUUCCUCAACUGUGUGUACGUGGCGGCACGCCUCAAGUGUAGAAAGGAAGAAGCUCUGUUUAUAUACAAGAUCGCGGACACAUUGUCCAACAUGCGUGUGUACUCAAAACAUUGUAGCAACGUUGACGUUACUAUUUGCAGCUCUUGUACAAAGUUGAAUUACUUCAACAGCACUUGGGCUUUGAUAUGGACACUUAUUCUUGCACUGAUGUAAUUGAAAAUGUACAUACUAUUGUAAAUUGUGUAAAAACUUAUGAUA